AUAAAGCAACUAUAUUCUUGUCCGAGCAGUGACAGCGAGAGAGAGAGAAUUUGCUUGCGGAGAUGGAAGGCGUAGGGUCGAGACUGAGCCGGACGACAAGAUACAGUGGUCCGUCCGCGACGGCAGUUUUCAGCGGUCGUGUAAGGAAGUGGAAGAAGAAGUGGGUUAGUGUCUCAACUUCAUCCGUCGGCAUUUUCCGAGCAUCUAAGCCCAACGGUCGAAGCGAUUCUCAACACCAUAUGCUUCUCCAUAAGUGGACCCCACUUUCCUCGACGACGGUUACUGACUCCGGCGAGACGGAGGAGCCGCCUAAGAAAAGAUUCAGAUACGCUCCAAUUGCGAUGCUUGAGAGUAGAGAGAAAGUGGCCAGUAAGGAUUCUGAAGCUGAAGCUUUAGGGGAAGAGAGUGAUGAAUUUGACACUGAUGAAUCUCCAUUGCACAAAGGCUUUGAGCUGGACAUGAACAUGACAGACACCGACCAAACUAAGGAAGCAAAAACAACUCGUCACUGGAGACUGGGACUGUGUCUGAAUUCUCAAGGGGCUGAAGAAUGAAGAGAAUCAUAUUAAAAUUGGGAUGAAGCAACAGUAUGUAAAAGUCUCAGGAUUUGGUAUUGUUGUAGCUAUUAAUGUCUCAUGAUGUGACUUAUUCUAGGCUUUUGUUGCACUUUGAUCCUUCUGGAUCUUUAGGUAUGGUGUCUCUAGUUAGAGGAAAGCUCUA